AUGGAUCCUGGUCUAGUGAGUCAAAGAUCAAAGGGUGCAGUAGCUCAUUCUCACGAUGACCCAGUCGAUGGACAGUGGAAUAUGCACAAGAACAACAGUAGCAAACACAACAACACUUUCACGGUUUGCCCGAACCAAGUCUCACCUUCAGCAUCCCUUCCUACAUCGACAUCGGUCCCUACUACAACUCUCGCUGGCAUCGGUGCUGCCUCUGCAGUCCCGUCUAGCUCUGCAAAUUCUACUUCAUCCAGUGCGCAGGGAGCCAUCAUCGGUGGUGCAGUGGGUGGCGCCGCGUUUGCCAUAAUCGCAGUGCUCGGUGGAGUUUUCUUACAGGCGACACAAGAAGCCUCGCAUGAUCCAGGAUACGCCAUCCUCGUUUCUUGGUCAAUUCCCUGA